UGCGUCCAUCCCUAGUUAGUUGUGCCGAAGUCAAACAAGUCCAAGCGAGAAUCACCGUGCCUGCCUCGACUAGAUUUCCCGGUCUCCUCGGCGUCUCGUCUCGUCUCGUCCCGCGCGAAUUCGCCCGCCGCGCCGAUCUCUCCCCGGCGAGUAGCCCCCCCCGCCCCCCCGCCGCCGCCGACAUGCUGUUUCCGCUGCAUCGUCGCCCGAUUAUUUGUAGUGAUUCAGGAGGCAAAGGUAAAGGUACCUGGUGCAGACAAUUUUAGGUGUCCCAGUACUGAUUCUGUUUCAUGCAAAACGGACAGUGUGGGGGGAUCAGGAUAAUUUUAGGAUAAGUUUGAGCCAUGGGGAAAUUUGAGCGUGGCAAUCUACUGGUGUCGCUUGGUGAAGGGUGGUAUCAUUAUAGCCUUGCAGCAGCAGCAGCUGGCCUGGCAAUAGGAGUUGCUGGGUUGUGCAAAGCUGUGCAGAGCGGUUUGGUGAUGCCAUGGGUUUCCCAGAAGAGGUUGUCUCCGGACUCGGAGAGGCUAUAUUACACUGGAGGCCUGAAAAAUCUUGGGAACAAUUGCUUUCUUAAUGUUGUACUUCAGGCACUUGCUAGCUGUGAUGGUUUUGUUUCCUCUCUAGAUAAUUUGCUCGAAAGCAGCGAUGUGCUACCUGAGGAAAGGUCCGAAGGAAUGCCUCUUAUUUUUGCUCUAUGUUCUCUUAUAAAAGACUUGAGCAUAGUUCGAGAUGGAAGGACUGAAUUGAGUCCACACAAAGUAAUGGAUGCUUUGAGUUUCUAUGUCAGCCACUUCAAUUUGACAAGACAGCAGGAUGCUUCGGAGGCCUUUCAUCAUCUUUUGACCUCACUGAGGGAUGAAUUUUCCCAUUGUUAUGUACCAUAUAGGAGUUCUCUGGCAGACAUCACCCUGUUUCAUUCCAAAGUAUACAAGCAAAGGGAAGGUAACCAGCCUGAAUGCAAGCGCUGGAAACAAAACCUAUUUGGUCCCUUUGAUGGGACUAUUGGCAGCAUAUUAUCUUGCAGAAAUUGUUCAUCUGUGCUGUCAUUGGACUUUGAAAAUUUCUGCUGCUUACCUCUCUCACCUGUGGCUGAUAUAAAUGGAGAUAUUAUCAAUGGAUGUAGUUUGGUGGAUUGCCUAGAGCACUUUACGAUGUUGGAGCAUCUUGACAACUAUCGUUGUGAUCGGUGUUGGCACAAUGUUGCUGCCAAAUAUCUGUCUUGUAAAUCCGAAGUUGAUGAGGAAAAAAUUAGCAAACUGCGCACCUGCGUCAACUAUGACACAUGUAGUUGCAGGCAUAUAUUUAGCCCAGAGGAAAUGCCAUGUUCGAUAUCUUCUCAAGCAACAAAGCAGUUGGCUAUCACUCAUUUCCCAAAGAUCUUGUGUAUUCAUUUGCUACGCGCUUCUGUUGGUCUAAACGGUGAAUUAGUUAAGCGAGGAGGACAUAUUUUCUUUCCUUUACUUCUUGAUCUUUCCCCAUUUGCUGGAGGUGCAUUAACCCCUGGACAGGGGCCUAGGCCUUCAGCAAUGAACAUGCAAAGACAUGGCCAGCAUGCUCUCCAUCUGUGGCGACAGCUGAAUUUGGAGAUGCCUGUGAAUAUGUUAUCUUCUGCCACUGAUGGGGACUCAUCAAGUCAUCCUCCUGAGGAUGAAUCAAUAAACAGACCUGGACACUCAUAUUACGUGGGGAAUAGAGAUACAGAUAGUAGGUUCUUGCCUUCAUCAUCAUUGACAGACAAGCUAUAUGGUCUCAAAUCUGUUGUGGAACACUACGGUAUAUGUGGAGGCGGGCAUUAUGCAGCUUACCGGAGUGUAAAACCAAAUUCUUAUUCUAAUGAAUCAGUGCAAUCUCUUGCAAGUUCUAGCAAGCAGUGGCUUUAUGUCUCAGAUGAUCAUGUGUCACAUGUUUCGGAGGAUGAAGUUUUGGCAGCGGAAGCUACACUUCUUUUCUACGAAAGGCUUUAGCAAUCUGUUGAGUAGUAAUUUUUAACUAGGAACACCACACAGUUUUUUUAGGGGAUUGGCCCUAGUAGCUUAUCGAGAUUCGAGAAUCGAUACUCCUUUGUUUGAGAACUCAAAUCUUGGAUAAUGAAUCAUCAAGUCUUGUUUUCUGACCUUAUGGGGUUUGUUCAAAUAGAUAUGAAACGAGAAUCAAUCGAUUCAAUUUUGUUCCAGCCGUAACGUUGUUGUGUUCUGGUGAAAGGAUACGAUGUAUAGCAUGUGACU